AUGUGCAUAGAACUAUGGCGCAGAUACUUUUGCCCAAAGGCGCCGCAUCACACUCCGACGAGCGAUCUCAACUUCGGGAUCGACGUCCAUCCUCAACCCAGGGAAGACGUGGCUGACCACUGCCUGGUACAGGAAUGCGACAACGUCUUCAGGGAGAACGAGGAGAGCCCGCAGGACAACGUGGACGAGGGGCGCCAGAUUCACUGGAUCUACAACCUGGUACGGUGCGCCCAUCUCUACUCCCACGAGUGCGCGAGGUCGCCUUGUGUUGGAGGGAGGGUUCAAUACUUUGACCACCCAUGCUCGUACUGCAGUGGUGGCAUCGACGUGCACGUCAGAGACUACGGCGAAGUCUUGCGCGACGUUAGCCUGCCUUUGAGAAUCCCAGCGACCGGGAGAGCAAUAGACCCGGAGGUGGUACAGAGAUUCGAACAUUAUAGGGAGAAGUACCUGCUCCGGUUGCUCCGAUUGUUCCACGUUAUGCUGCUGAGGUCCCUUCCAGUACGGCCCGAGGGCGAAACCUGGAAGUCCUUCAUCGAAACCGCCUGGCCCGAGACCUUCUGCAAGCUGGACUUCGAUCACAUUGGCCACGGAGUCGUCGACUGCGAAUGUCCGGCAACGAAGGAGGAGUGGCGGACCAACUCGGCGUACUCGAAACGGAAGAACGAGGCGCUGGCCAUACUCAACGGCCUCGAAGCUAGGAGCGGGCCCCGUGGCGCGUACGUCUAUUAUUGGUGGACAGAGGGCUUUGGCACAGACGACGACUGGGAACCAACUGACAGGGCCAACGGCGUGUACUCCAAAUACGAUGAGGAAACCGACUUCUUGCCACACCAAAUGCAGUUUGUAUACUUCAGGCAGGAGGAUUACGACCGGCGAUAUACAAAGCUUCAGACUCUGGCGAGAAACUGUCUGAGGCAGCUAAAGGAGAGGGGCAAAGACAUCUCCCAAGAGCACCCGACGACGGGAUAUUGGCAGCGUUGCGGGAUCAAGUGGAUGGGAUUCGACGAUUGGGAUAGGUCACUUGACCGGCGCAUGGAGUUCCUGGAAUGGGUUUACCAAUUCCUCGCGCUCGACGCCGGUCUCCACGAGAACGUCAUGAUGUACCUCGCCGCUGCGCUGCUCGCCAUGCUCAACCCUUGGCCCAACCCUCAGAUCAACUACCACCCCUCGCAUCCCAAUCCCUAUGCUCUGGACAGCGAAUUGGCGGCAUACGAUGUCCUCCAGGAGUGUAUCUGGUGGGUCGAGUAUCUGUGGCCGUUGGACGGAGACUUGAGGGUGCAGGACAGCUACAGGGAGUCCAUCGAUGCGAGCAGCGAGGUCAACUGGAUCAUCCAGCGCAACAGGGACAUUGAGCUACUUGACAUGAAGUCGCGCAAUCGUACGGCUGCGCAAAAGACUGGACUGUUUAUCCUGCCGCCAGAGGUGGCCAUUGCGCAGGGCGACGAGAUCUGCCCCCUGUGCCAGGAGAGAUGGGGCCACUUUCCUUUCCACGAGCCGGUCCAGCUGCCGUGCUGCAACAAGUUCGUCGGGCGCAGGUGUAUGAAGCAGUUUCUGGCGUCCAAGCCGAUUCGGCCGGCAGGCGGCGACUAUAUGAGAAGGGAGAAAUGGGUGGAAGAGUUCAGGUGCGCGCUGUGCCGCGAGGGCGUUGGGCACCACUUCUCACCGCAUUUCUACGGGCAAUUGCUGGGCGAUCCUCCCAGAGAUAUCCGAGAUUUAAGUUUCUAUGACGAUUAUGAAGGGUUUCCGAGGCCGUCAGAGUACUGGCAAUAA